AUGACAACGAAUAGUAGCAACCUGAAGCUAUCUGGAAAUAUAAUCAGUCUGACAGGCAAACAAUCACAACAACCGCACAACCAACAGCAGCAUCAGCAGCAACAGCACCAACAGCACCUCCACCAGUUACAACAGCAGCACCAGCUUCAGCAGCAUUUACAGAAGCAGAAGCUGAAGCAGUCGCAACUUCAGCAGCAGCAGCAGCAGCAGCAGCACGCCUUGGGCAGUGUGGCACCAAGCUCGGUGGUGACGACCACCACGCUCUCGAACGGAACGGGCCAUCACCAUCCUGGCGGCGUGUUCACGUCGGCCGCCAAUGGUGGUGGAAUCGUGAAGCCCGCCAGUGGCAUCCCCUCCAACUCGUCGUCGUCGUCGUCGCCCUCGGUGCAGAACGGAACCGCUCUCCCCGGGAGUCACAUUCCGCCGCGUUAUCAACCUCCGCCCCACCCACCGGGCGGUAUCCUCAAGAACGGCUACACCAACGGGCAUCUGAAGACGUACCCGCGAGGAGCGGAAAUCGGUGGCCAGAACGGUGGACCGACGUUCAACGGUGCGAAGGGACCGGGCGGUGGAUACGUCGGUGAUAACCUGAAGAGGCCUCCGAAUCCUUCGCGGUUGCUCGCACCCCGACAGCACAUUCGCUUUUCGAACCUUCCGCCGCUGGUGAACGGUGGUAGCGGGACGACGGCAGCACUUAGUCAGCAAUCUCAGUCACAGCAGGCUGCGGCGAUUGUCGCACAUCACCAGCAGCAACAGCUUCAAGCACAUCACCUUCCGGCACCUCACACGCGGCUCAGCUCGGAGUCUUCCUCGGAGGAUCAGACGACCAGCUCGACUAGAUCGUUGCAGGCGCACCUGGCGCACGCCAAGCCGCCCCAGCAGCAACCGACCGGGCCCUCCGCCAGCCACCUCCACCAGACGACGGCGAUAGUGCACCACAGCAACAGUCAUCAACCGGUGAGCAACAACCCGAGCAACGGUCCGAGCAACGGCGUCCCGAACGGACAUCCGCCGACCGGACUCGGGCUGGUGAAACCCUCGCAGCCAUCGCACCUGCCCACGGCGACGUCCACCGUAGCCCCCUCCGCUCACCCGAUCCACGCACUCCAGCAUCCGCCUCAGUCACAGCAAUCAGUGCAUCAGCAACAACAACAACAGCAGCAGCAGCAGCAGCAAAACCAACAGCAAGAGAUGUUGAAGUUCGUCCGGAAAGCCGAGUCGGAGACCUCGUCGACGCCGACUUCCUCGAGUGGCGGCGGCGGUGGUGGCGGUGGCCGGAUCUCGGCGCUCGAGCAGAACCGACACUUUCAGAAUCUCCUCGCCGAGCUGCGGGCGCUGAAAGAGGCUAAUCAGCGGUUAAGUGACGACAAUCAGGAGCUGCGCGAUCUCUGCUGCUUCCUCGACGACGAUCGGCAGAAGGGCCGGAAGUUGGCCCGCGAGUGGCAACGGUUCGGACGGUACACGGCCAGCGUUAUGCGGCAAGAGGUGUCCGCCUAUCAGACGAAGCUACGGCAGCUGGACGACAAGCAGCAGGAGCUGAUCCGGGACAAUCUGGAGCUGAAGGAGCUGUGUCUGUAUCUGGACGAGGAGCGAAACAACACGAACGGUCGCACGGCGGUGGUCUGCACGAGCUGCGGCAACUCGGCCAACGCCGUGCCGCUGCGGGACGAUGGCGAUGGAAGCAGCUCCAGCACGAACGCCGACGAAACCCUGCACAACAUUGGCCAGUUUGGACGCAACGGAAUGGAUCUUAACAUGCGCUCCACGCUGAGCGAUCAAACGUUGCAGUACGUCCGAGCGCUGGAAUCGCGAAUACGGCAGCUGGAAGAGGAACGGGCAGUGGUGUUGAACAACUCGGCGGCGGCGACAACGAACGGCGGACAGGUGACCUCCGGUACCGAUCCCAUUUCCGGACGACCCGAGGCCGUGGUGCGCGCCCUCCAAGUGUUGGAAGUGCGCGAGCAGCUCGAACGGGAACGGAUCGGCAAUACGCCACCGGAUCAGCUGGACGACGGCGAGAAGGCCCUGGUGCGCGAGAUGUGCAACGUGGUGUGGCGCAAGCUAGAGGACGCUCCCAAAGCCGGCAUCGACCAGCACGUUUGAGAGUCGGGAAGGAGCGGGCACAGGAUGGUUGAAGGGAUCGGGUGCGUGACUUGCCGGAAAUAUUGAGGUGUGAAGGUGGCGAGAUAGUUAUGUUCAAUAUCUUCAUUUCUCUACGGCCGAA